AGCGAACACCAGCUUCCGGCCAAUGGCCGUCUGCGAAAGGGUGUCCCGCCUCUUCCGCUUUUACACAGGAGGUCGCAGCGGCGCCUGCGCGUCUACUGCCAGGGUCAGCAGGCCGAUCCCCUGGGCGGAACACCAGCGCCCGGCGGAGCCACGCCCGGGGGGUCCAUGGCGAUGAGCUAUAACUCGAAGGAUGAGGUGGACGGCGGGCCCCCGUGCGCUCCCGGGGGCGCCGCCAAGAACCGGAGGCCGGAUAACACGGCCUUCAAACAGCAGCGCCUGCCGGCUUGGCAACCCAUCCUUACGGCUGGCACGGUGCUCCCCACCUUCUUCAUCAUCGGCCUCAUCUUCAUCCCCAUUGGCAUCGGCAUCUUCGUCACCUCCAACAACAUCCGCGAGAUCGAGAUUGAUUAUACCGGAAUAGACCCUUCCAGUCCCUGCAAUAAAUGUUUGUCCCGGAAUGUGACACCUUGUAUUUGUACAAUUAACUUCACACUGGAACAGUCAUUUGAGGGCAAUGUGUUUAUGUAUUAUGGACUGUCUAAUUUCUAUCAAAACCAUCGUCGUUAUGUGAAAUCUCGAGAUGAUAGUCAACUAAAUGGAGAUCCUACUGCUUUACUUAAUCCCAGUAAGGAAUGUGAGCCUUAUCGAAGAAAUGAAGACAAACCAAUUGCUCCUUGUGGAGCUAUUGCCAACAGCAUGUUUAAUGAUACAUUAGAAUUGUUUCUGGUUGUCAAUGGAUCAUUUUCAACGGCAAUUCCUUUGAAAAAGAAAGGUAUUGCUUGGUGGACAGAUAAAAAUGUGAAAUUUAGAAACCCCCCUGGAGAAGGCCCCCUACAAGAACGAUUUAAAGAUACAACAAAGCCAGUAAACUGGGUUAAACCAGUAUACUUGCUGGAUUCUGACCAAGAUAAUAAUGGAUUCAUAAAUGAAGAUUUUAUUGUUUGGAUGCGUACUGCAGCAUUGCCUACUUUUCGUAAGUUAUAUCGUAUUAUAGAGCGGAAAAGUGAUUUACAUCCAACGUUACCAGCUGGAGACUACUUUUUGAAUAUCAAAUACAAUUACCCUGUACAUUCUUUUGAUGGACGAAAACGGAUGAUCUUAAGCACUAUUUCAUGGAUGGGAGGAAAAAAUCCAUUUUUGGGAAUUGCUUAUAUCACCACUGGAUCCAUCUCCUUCCUUCUGGGAGUUGUAUUGCUAGUAAUUAAUCAUAAAUAUAGAAACAGUAGUAAUACUGCUGACAUUACCAUUUAAUUUUAUAUUCUGAAAACAAACUUACCGCAUGUACAUCAAGGCCAGUUCUGUUCAGCCUAGCUUUUGAAUGCCGAUGUCUGGUUAGUAUGUCAUUUUUGAGGUUGGCAUACCACUUUUUAUUUAAAAAAACAGUCUUUGUCCUUUACUUCAUUCCUAUGGAUGACUUAUGAAAAUAGAUGAUGGGUAUAAAACAAAUUAACUUUAUUGAUCAUGUCAGCACUGUAACUACUGAAAUGGCAUUCUAAUGUUUGCUUUUUGAUGGGACAGCCCAUAUGCAUAGAGCCUCUAUCAUGUGAAAUGUGUCUGCUGCUUAAAUGUUUAUGCUGUGUUGAUAAAUAUUAUAUUGACAUACGUGCUGUAUAUGUGUGCCUAUUGUGUAAAGAGAGGAAUUACAAGAUGUAUGAGUAUAAUGCUUUGCUAACCUUCAGGAUUCAAAGUCAUGAAAAAAUGAAGAAAGACCAAAUCUAAAUAAAACACUUCAUCAUUGUCAUGUGUCAUGUGUAAAGGCUUAAAGUACCAUCUUUGGUGAGGUGGUUCAUAUAUUUAAUUUAUCCAGUACAGUUCUUUGUCAAGCUUAGUUUUGAUUUCACCUUUGAAGUCUUACUUAUGCUCAUGUCUGAAGAGGUCAGGUAGGAGAAUUUAAAAUUCGUCUUUCCAUUUGGUUAAGAUGUUGCAGUCAGGAACCCCAAUUCACUUGAUAUGUUUUUACAUGUGAUCAUGGAAAUACCUCAAGCUGUUUUUAUUUUGCCGGUAAGUGUUUUGACUUCAGUACUAAUAUUACAUUGCAGAAAUUUUGGAAAAUAGUAACCUUUAUUUCCUCUGUAUUUCAUUCAAUUUUUGCAUAUAGGUCAAAUAUGGAUGUGUAUGCACAUUCUCUUUAGUUAAUGCAACAAUAGUUUUGGUUGGUUUUCCUAAUACAUUUUAUAUAUAUAUAUAUUUUAAUCCUCAUCUGAGGACAUGUUUUUUUUUAAUUGAUUUGAGAGAGAGAGAGAGACAUCCAUGUGAGAGAAAAACAUUGAUUGGUUGUCUCCCACACGCAUCCAAACUGGGAUCCAAUCCACAACCUAGGUAUGUGUCCUGACUGGGAACUGAACCUACAACUUUUUAGUGUAUAGCAUGAUGCUCCAACCAAAUGGAUCACCCGGCCAGGCCUAAGAAAUAUUUGAAAAAGUGGUUCUUUAAAUUUCCUUAUUAAAUUCUGGAGAUUUUUGAGUAUAUACAUUAUAAAUUAUAUAUGGUUGAAGCUGUUGUAUUUUCUAUCACUGGAAUUAUUUUAAUAUUCCUUAUUGAAUAAAUGUUGUAAUUUGUUUGCUAUAAAACUUAUUCUUGAAUGCAAACUUAUUUUUUCACAUUCAUGAAAAUGUAUGAAUUAGAGGACUUAAUCUCAUUGAAAUUGCUUUUUUUUUUUUUUUUUUUUACUCAUAUGUUUAUAUAGAAGAAUGCCUGCUAAUUUAGAAUUUGUAAUGGUUUCCUUCAGUUAUAUUUUAAAUCAGAAGGUCUGGGUAAUGUAUCAAUUUUGAUUAGUAUGUUUUUUAAAAAACCAAAACCAAAAAAAUAACGUAAUAGUAGGAAUGUGCCACACCUAAGUUUUGUAUAGCGUGACUUUUAAUUUGUUGAAUAUUACUUGCAUGAGGUACUUAAUAUAUGAUUAUACUGAAAUUUCUGAGUGCACAGGGUAUUUUUUUGUCUGAAAAUAGUCUUGGUUUGUCAGUCUUUCAGAAUAUUAUUAUUUGUUCUCAUAACUGACCCUCUUACCCAUGGCAGUUGAUCUUCUGGAAUACAUUACUGGGGGAGAGGGGUCCUCCUGCUGGUUGUCCAGAUUGAGUUUGUUCUGUUUAAGGAGGACUUCCAUCCCGCAUCCCCUUUUCUAAUUGGGGGACCAAAGGUGCUGCUAAAGAAAUGUUGAAGAGCCCUUCCAACAUUUUCUCAUCUGUGAAGAUGAAAUCUUAAAAUAUAUUUGGAGUUUUAUCUAUUUUAUAACUACACUGAUGGCUUUAGUUUCUUCUGUCUCCUCCCCUUUGAGCUCUAAGGGAUUCCUUUUGGUAAAUAUGAAGAAUGUGGAACAUUUAUAUGGCCUCUGUAAAAUAUUGGUAAAUAUGAAGAAUGUGGAACAUUCAUAUGGCCUCUUUCUUGUGGGCUUUAUGCUCAUUUUUUGGAAACAUUAAUGUAAUAUUCAACUUUCAAAGAAUUAUGUUUAAUUUUAAGACAACUAGGUUAAAUAGAAGACAUUGAAGAAUGCAUUAACUUGCAGGAAAUAUUUUGAUAUGUGAAGUUUCUCAAUUGAAGGAAUUAUUAGUAAGUAAAAACUAAGAAAUGUCAUUGAAAUAAGGCAGUUUAAAAAUAAAUUGGUAAAAAUAACUGUAUUAUCAAAUAGAGAAUUAUUCAACCAAGAGGAGAGUCAAAUGAAUAUUAUUUAUUGAUUAGUAAGUUUAUUUGUAAUCUUGAUUAUGUUAAAAGAUAGCUUUCUGUUAGUAUGUUCUGUAUUAAUAAAAAUGAACAAAAUUAA